UACCAACAUAAUUUCAGGCCGCUAUAAUGCAACUUCAAGUUUAUAAUUUUACAUUGUGUUCUUAACAAUUACUGAACCAAAAUGACUCUAAACCCGAAAGAUUCUGGAAAAAUUAUUGCAGAACUCUCCACAUUUGUCAAAAUUAAAAAGGAUGGAAUUACAAAGUUGGGCGAUGAGAUCGUUGAAGAAAUCGAUUCAGGAAGAUUGACGCCUGGCAAUUUCAGUCAAGUGGACGUUCAUCCGAAUUCUAAUGAUCCUUGGGCUUUAGACUGGUUGUUCAUAGUGGAUACAUUAAAUUUUUGUUUCUGGCAUCAUGAACAUGAAGAAGGCUGGAAAGUUGAAGGAUAUACAGGUUAUUUUGCUCUGUGUGCUGCCAUAAACAGGGCACUUAAAGAAAAUGUAGAUAUUUUGAACCCGAAUUUUUAUUCAACAAUAACAGAAGCACAAUUAAGGAAAAUUUUAAGAAGCGACACUAAAGUAGACGUUCCCCUUUUGUCUGAGAGAAUUGCUUGUUUACAUGAAGUAGGACACGUUUUAUUGGAGAAAUUUGAUGGAUCAUUUAAGAAUGUUGUUAAACAAGCCGAUAAUAGUGCAGAAAAUCUACUGAAUUUGAUUGUUAACAAUUUCAAAUGUUUUAAAGAUGAAGCAGAUUAUAAGGGCCACAAAGUUGCAAUUUACAAGAGGGCUCAAAUAUUAGUUGGCGACAUUUGGGCUUGUUUCAAAAAUAAAGAUAUUGGGCACUUCAAAGACAUUGAAGUAAUAUCUAUGUUUGCUGAUUACAGAGUGCCACAAACAUUAUUAUGGUACAAUAUUCUUGAAUACAGUGAAGAAUUAGUCAAAAAAUUGAAAGACAAUGUGAUUUUGAAAAAUGGAGAGGAGAUGGAAAUAGAAAUAAGGGGUUGCUCUAUCCAUGCUGUAGAACUUAUCAAUGAAUAUGUUUCUAAUAAGCUAAAAGUUAAGAAAAUAAACAGUAUCCUUAUUGAUCAUUUUCUUUGGGAUUUUAGAAGAAAACAUGCCAAAGAAAUUUUAGAAAAAGGUUUGCCAUUUCAUAAAGUGUUUAGUAUUUAUUACUGAAGUUUUAAAUAAAUAUGUUUUUUU